CUCUUUUUUUGCACCCAACCAGCAAUUCAAACACAAUUUAAAAUGUUCGCCUCCAAGAUCUCCGCCAUUAUUGCGUUCACUGCCGUCGCUGCUUAUGCCGCUGAUGUUGCUGAUGUUGCUGAUGUUGUCAAGCCCGCCGCGUCCAUUGCUGUCGCUCCUGUUGUUGCUGCCCCCGGCGUUGCCGCUGCACCUAUUGCCGCUGCUAGCAACAACAGCGCCGCUCGUGUUUCUGCUAUCCAGCACGACCGUGUAUACGCAACAGUUACUGUGCCUAACGUCGUUCAGCCCGCCCUAUUAUCGAAUGCUGGUACUAACACCGUCACGGUCUCUUCGGCCAACAGUGGUGCCUCCGUCCUCAGCAACCUCGGCCUGAGCGCUGUCGCCCUUAAAUAUGGAAAAUAA